CUUUUCCGGUAGCCGUGGUCGAUCGCGAUAAAGGUAGGCUAAAUAUCUUUAAAUAUCUUGUAAUUUACAGCUAAAUAUGCAAAAAUUUUUGUGAAAACUUUACGUAUAUGUUAAUAAGUAUGGUAAUCACAAACUGGCUGGAGAAAAAAUGACUUAGAAUAGGGUGUUUGAUGUUAAUUGUAUUGAAACAUUCCUAGCACAUUUUCUCAUAUAUACUUUUUCAUUUUCAGAUCAAAUAGCACCAAAAUGCCGAAGCAAAUAAUGGAAAUAAAGGACUUCUUGCUUACCGCAAGAAGGAAAGACGCGAAAUCUGUUAAAAUCAAGAAGAAUCGCGACAACUACAAAUUCAAAGUCCGUUGUUCACGUUACUUGUACACAUUGGUCAUUUCCGACAAAGAAAAGGCUGAGAAACUCAAGCAGUCUCUCCCUCCAGGACUUCAAGUGAAGGACAUUAAAUAA